AUGGCUGACCAGCAGAGCAUCAGCUCUAUUCUUGCUGCCCUUGCUGCUCAGCAGCGUACAGCUCCUGUCCCUCAACCUCAGCAACCUCCAUACCAUCAACCUCCCCAACAGAAUCCAUACGCCGGCGGCGGAGGAUACACUCUGCCGCAACCCACGAACUCUGGAAGCGUCGACUUGAGCGGCAUAAAACCUACGAGCGUCGGAAGUGUCAGUAUAGCAGACGCCAUUGCUAAAGCAAAGGCGAUCGCAGCUGAGAGAGGCGUGCAACCUGAGCGCAAUGCUCCUUACGGCGGACCAGAUCCUCGUCGCCCAGGUGGUGGACCGUACAGAAUGUCGCGAUCGCGAUCACGCUCUCCACCUGCGCGACGUGACCAAUUCCGCGAGAACGCCAACCCAUAUCGCGACGAAAGAAGAGGCGAUAGAGCGCCCCCCAGUAGAGAUUAUCGUGAAAGAUCAUUCUCUCCUGGCGCUAGGGGUCGAAAUCCAUCUGCAGCUUUCCAACCCCCUGCUGGCGGCAAUUACGCACGAGAGCGAUCACCGCCUCGAGGGGAUGACAUGGUCGAGUCUCUCCAAAUCGAGUCCAACUUAGUGGGAUUGAUAAUUGGCCGACAGGGCGAAAACCUUCGUCGCGUUGAGUCAGAGACAGGUUGUCGUGUACAAUUUAUUACAGGUCAUGAUGAGCAAGGACCAUUUCGGCAAUGUAAAAUUACAGGUCCUCGGGCUCGUCGCGCUGAUGCUAAGGCGGAAAUCAACCGAAUUAUCGAUGACAGUGGAAUGGCUGGAAACCCUAGCAAUGUUGGCGGAGCGCGGAUAGGAGGGGAUAGGAAUUCUCGCGAACCUCCUUCGGCGAAUCGUUCGUCACACCAACCCGCUUUGAGGGAUGGGGAAGAUAGUAUGCAGAUUAUGGUGCCAGACAGGACAGUUGGUCUCAUCAUUGGUCGUGGUGGAGAAACCAUUCGAGAUCUCCAGGAGCGCAGUGGAUGCCACGUGAAUAUUGUGGGAGAACAAAAGAGCGUUAACGGUCUACGUCCUGUAAACUUGAUUGGCAGCAGAGAAGCUGCUGCGCACGCGAAGGACCUAAUCAUGGAGAUUGUCGAGAGUGACAGUAAGACUGGAGCGGCAAAAGAAGCCGCACCAGGUCGGCGAGAUCCUCCUCGAGAUCAGAAUCAAGCUGGCUAUGCUGGUGGUGGUGGUGGUGGUGCCGACAAAAUAAAUGACAAGGUAUACGUCCCCUCUGAGGCCGUGGGGAUGAUCAUCGGGAAACGUGGAGAAACAAUCAAAGAAAUGCAAAAUACAACAGGUUGCAAGAUCAAUGUUACUCCCUCCUCCGGUUCGUCGGAGACUCAACGAGAGAUCGGGUUAGUUGGUUCACGAGAAGCUAUCGCGGCCGCAAGACGUGCCAUUGAAGACAAAGUUGAUGCCGUUGCGCAGAAGAACGGAGGAGGUGGCGGAGGGUUCUCACGUCCUCAGAAUGACCAAAAUGAUAGAGGCUAUUCCCAACAGUAUAGCCAGUCACAAGGGCAAGCACAAGUGCAGGCCCAAGGCAGCGCUCCUCCUGCUGGAGGCGAAGAUCCUUACGCUGCUUGGGGUGGCUACAAUGCUUAUGUUGCAUUAUGGUAUCAGGCUGUGGCCCAAGGAAACCAGCAACCAGAUAUGGCGAAGCCUCCAGGGACAUCGUAA